AUGGACGAUAGGCGGCGGAAGGUAAGAUCAGAAAGGCGCUUGUUUUCUGGAUGUAAAAAUGUUCAGAUAUGGUUAAAAAGAAAGGCAAAAUCAACAGAAUCAGUUGGCAACAAACGACGUCGGGUUAUGGCAGGGUGCGACAUAGAAAUUGGUGUGUGGAGCAGGGAGAAUCACACAUCCCCAAAUGCUGCCUAA